GGAAAGGAGCUGGCGGCGGCAGCAGCAGCAGCAGCAGCAGGCAUCUUUGCAAGGAAGCCUUUCAGGUCUAGCUCGGCUUCUGGGGAUUUAAGUGUCACUCAAAGCAUCCCCAAAUCAGCUCGCUGCUCCUCUGCGCUUUCUUCGCGGGCAUCGAUUCGAGCCCUGAGCGGUGCAUUUCUGCAAUUUCCUACCAGGGAAGGAAAUUUGCUCCAUCUCCAGCAGCAACCACUGCUCCUUUUGAUGUUGUGGUACGCCGUGCGCAUGCGCUCCACAUUAGAAUUACUGCACUGGCUAGAAUAAGUUGGAUCUCUUCUUCUCUUCCACUGAAGCCCUAAAUCAUAUCAAAAGCUAAAGGGAUGCUGAGUCCGGGAAAAGGGUUGCUUUGGAAUUUGGUCGUUGCCCUUAAUCAUAACAGUGGUGUGUGCACAGAGUGCUAAUGAUCCCAGCAAUAUGUCCCUGGUAAAAGAGACCGUGGAUAGACUGCUGAAAGGCUACGACAUUCGGCUGAGGCCAGAUUUCGGAGGUCCCCCUGUGGCUGUUGGCAUGAACAUAGAUAUUGCCAGCAUAGACAUGGUGUCAGAAGUCAAUAUGGACUAUACCUUGACAAUGUACUUUCAGCAAGCAUGGAGGGAUAAGAGGCUUUCGUAUAAUGUAAUACCUUUAAAUCUUACACUGGACAAUAGAGUAGCAGAUCAGCUUUGGGUUCCCGAUACCUACUUCCUGAAUGAUAAGAAGUCAUUUGUGCAUGGUGUCACUGUGAAGAACAGAAUGAUUCGAUUACAUCCUGAUGGGACAGUUCUCUAUGGUCUCAGAAUUACAACAACAGCUGCAUGUAUGAUGGAUCUACGAAGAUACCCCCUGGAUGAACAAAACUGCACACUGGAGAUAGAGAGCUAUGGCUACACAACAGAUGAUAUUGAAUUUUACUGGCGUGGGGGUGAUAAUGCAGUUACAGGAGUGCGAAAGAUUGAACUGCCACAAUUCUCCAUUGUGGACUACGAACUUAUCACCAAGAAAGUUGCUUUCUCGACAGGUUCCUACCCAAGGCUGUCGCUCAGUUUCAAACUCAAGAGAAACAUUGGCUACUUCAUACUUCAGACCUAUAUGCCCUCCAUUCUGAUCACUAUUCUCUCCUGGGUUUCAUUCUGGAUCAAUUAUGAUGCUUCAGCUGCCAGAGUGGCUUUAGGAAUCACCACGGUGCUGACAAUGACAACCAUCAACACUCAUCUCAGAGAAACUCUGCCCAAAAUCCCCUACGUGAAAGCCAUUGACAUGUAUCUGAUGGGAUGCUUUGUCUUCGUGUUCAUGGCCCUACUGGAGUAUGCAUUAGUCAACUACAUCUUCUUUGGCAGGGGACCACAACGCCAGAAGAAAGCAGCCGAAAAAGCUGCCAGUGCUAACAAUGAGAAAUUACGAAUGGAUGUCAAUAAGAUCUUUUAUAAAGAUAUAAAACAAAAUGGGACCGAAUUGCGAUCCCUGGAUCCCACUGGAAAUCUCUCCCCAUCUAGAUGGACUGCCAGUUACGAUUACUCUCUUAAUACGGACAGAAGAAUAAUUGGCACAUAUCAUUGUCCAGAAAUGUAUUCAACAAAGAUGGAUCCACAUGAAAACAUUUUGUUGAGCACGCUUGAAAUAAAAAAUGAGAUGGCUGCCUCUGAAGCUGUUAUAGGCCUUGGGGACCCCAGAAGCACUAUGCUGGCCUAUGAUACCUCAAGUAUUCAGUACCGGAAGGCUGGCUUACCAAGACACAGCUUUGGCCGCAAUGCGCUGGAACGGCACGUGGCACAAAAGAAAAGCCGGCUAAGGAGACGUGCUUCUCAGUUGAAAAUUACCAUCCCUGACUUGACUGAUGUAAAUGCCAUAGAUCGAUGGUCACGCAUAUUCUUCCCUGUCGUUUUCUCCUUCUUCAAUAUUGUCUAUUGGCUUUACUAUGUGAACUAAAACAAAAUAAAGCCACACAGCUAUCAAGAACUGGAUUUCUCUUCAAAAUCGGUUGUACAGCCAAAUGUGGGACUUAGGGAAAACAAAAAAACCUAUUCAGGACAAAAAGUUAUUUUAAAACACCUUAGUUGCUGGCCCACUCUAUAAUCUGUUUUGUAAUGUUCGGGUUUUCUUUGCAAAAUUGUGAAAUAUUUAAGUUACAGUACAAAUGUAUACAACAUGACCUUUAAAUAUAUAAUAGCAUUUAAUAUUUAGAGGCAGAAUUUGAAACUUCCUCAUUCUGUUGUUUCCACCCUCCUUUUAGCACUCAUAAGUUUAAGCGCAGAAAGAGGAAGCAAGAAAAUAGGUUUGAGUUCAAAGAGCAAUGUAUCUCAUGCCUCUCUUCACAUCUGGAACAUACACAACAUUACCUGGAUGGAGAGAAGUGUUAUAGUUGCAAUCCAAACCAUCUUCCUGCGUUACCUGUCAAAUGCAUUAACUUGAAAUUAAGUAGUGCCUACCGUUGUACCAUGCGGAUGAGUAUCAGAGGUUUCCCAAACAGAUGAUGUUACUGAUGUAGAGAAGGGAAGUUUUGGGUGAGUGAGGAGUUUGCAUGAAACUUGAAAGCAUUUCAUUUGAAAGAUAAAGUGCAAAGAGUUAAUGCAGCACAGUGGUUACCAUGCUGUGUGACAAUGACCCUCAGAGUUGUUUGAGAGAUUCCCAACUAUGUGCUACAGUGUGCCAUUAAGCAUAAUGUCUAGAAGCAUUCUAAAUGUAAAGUGCCAAAUGUAAGUGGGCCAGCAAGUGACUUCAUAGGUGGCUUUCUCUCGGUGCUCUGUCCUUCCCUGUGGAAGAGAGAAAACAGUGGCAAAUGUUUUGAAAUGUAAGGGACAGGUAAAGACUGUACAAAUAAUUGGUGUCAGUUUGCUUGUUAGUAUAAACCUCUCUUAUGGAUCCUCAGUUGCUGUUUUGAUUUGUAUCUCAUUUCCACAUCAAAUAGAUGGAAUAGAAUUAUGUCUGCUGUUUAGACAAUAUAUAUUUUAAAAGAAAGACAGCUUAUAAACUUAGAAGAGUUGGGUUGUUUUCCUCACCCAGUUCCAUUACAUUCAGUUUCUUUUUUAGAUGCAAUACUUAAGGGAGCACUGGGGGGAAAAUAUUUAUUUUAAAUAGCUGGAUUCUCCAGCAUCUUCUGGUGGAAGAGGCUGAAUUGUUUUUCUCAAAAUCAUGAACUAUAGAAAUGCCCCCGUUUUUCCUCGAGUAAUUCAUACUAUUAUGUGGUCCCUGUUCCUGAAACAGUGGGACAAAAUAAAGGCAAAAAGUUAAAUCCACUAAGUAUUGUUGAAUCUUCCAGUCAGUUCUGCAGAGUUUAUUUAUUGGUGUAUCUUCUCCACCUGACUUUUCAGUAGCACCAUGAGUGUUUGAGCAUUUCCUCUGUAAAGAAUUUUAAAAUUGGGGUAACUGAGCACCCAGUGGUCAUACCUGAUUGUUGAGAAUUUGGAACAUCGCGGUGUAUUUGUAAAAUAUACUGAUCAUGUGACCCAUGUUUUUCCAUGCGCAUUGGGGCUGAGUGCACUUCACAAUUCAGGGCAUCAUCUGCCUUUUGAUGUCAUCUACAACUGGACUAGCCAUGUUUUAAACGACCCUUGCUUAGGACAUCUUUUGUGACAGCUGAGCUAUGCUGUAUUCAUGGUUUAUUCUGAUUUUCAUUUUCUUUGUACAAACACCCAUUCUUAUUUUUUUUAGAAAUGAAGUUUAAGGAGUGUGAAAAAUAUUGACCUUGUAAUUAAUGCACGGGAUAUAUAGGCCUUCAAAGAAAAUACCUUUUUUUCUCACAUUGGUUCAACAGGUCAGCUAUAAUAAAAACUACAAAAUCAGCUCCUAGUACUGCACUUUAAGAUAUCUGGAAGUUUAUAGUACAAGCCAUAAUAUUAUCUGACCUUGCCAAUGAGAGGAUGAAAUUCUACCCACAGGGAUAACAAAGAAAGUAAACAAUCACCUCCAUGAGGUCCUUUUUGUUAUUUAGGAAAAGAUGCUUCCAGGAACAGACAGGCUAGCAUGUUUCUGAACUAAUUAAUUCUAAAUACUGUGUACAGGUUUACAGACUAGAUUGAGCUUUUAAAAAGUGGGGGACCAUAAUAUCGUUGCAUAAAGCAAACUUAAAUACAUGGUUACCUUUGAAUUGAACUAAAAUAUACUCUCUCACAGUUUUGUUUGGUCUGUAUUUCCACAUAAUAAUCACUCCAUCUUUUCAGGUUUCAGGAUGCAUACUAGCCAGCAAUUAAGGUGUUUUCUCUUCAUCUUUGUGAAAUUUAUGGCAAAAUUACUAUAUAAUACGGCACAGUUUUAACAAUAUCUUUGCAAUUAAUGCUCUGUAAAUAAGUUCUGUAUAUGACUGCUAGUAAGUCUAAUAUGCAUUUUCCAAACUAAAAGAAUCAUGCAGCAUA